AUGGCUCGGCUGUCCAGUCUUUUUGUCGCCAUUUUGACGUUGACGCCAACGGCGUACAGCAGACAUCUUCGCGCUUCCAAGGUCUUCCUUGAUGGCCGCCAAGUCCAGAAUGAAUACGACUACGUGAUCAUUGGGGGCGGUACAGCUGGUCUUACAGUGGCUGACAGGCUGACGGAGGAUGGCAAGACCACGGUUCUCGUCAUCGAGUACGGAGUUCUGACGUCGCUCACCACGGUCGCAGGCGGAUUCUCUGGAAUGUCCGACAGUCAGUUCAUGUACGACAUCCGAUCUGUUCCUCAGGUCAACCUACGAAACCGUGUUAUAUCAGUCCUGGCUGGCAAGGUAGUGGGCGGUAGCUCUGCGGUCAACGCCAUGAUGACGAUCCGUGGGACCGCAGAAGACUAUGACCGCUGGGGGGCCUUCUUUGGCAAGAAUUCCCACUGGACCUGGGAGGGCCUGCUGCCAUACUUCAAGAAGGCUCUCAACUUUGUGCCGCCCAACGCGGACAUCACAAGAACAGCCAACAUUACGUACGACACCAGCUUCUGGGGCAACACUUCAGGGGUUUAUGCCGGUUGGCCUUCGUACCAGUUCCCAGCCACGACGGCUCAGAUGGAGGCGUUCAAGGGUCUACCGGGCGUUGAAAUCGCCAGUGACAGCGGGUCUGGUGUGCCGGGUGUCUACUGGUAUCCAACCUUUAUGGAUCCCAAGACGGUGCUGCGGUCUUUUGCCAAGACAGGCCACUAUGACAACGUUAAGAGAGCCAACUACCACUUGGUCACCCAGUCCAAAGUCACCAAGAUCGUACUUGACGGCACGACAGCCACUGGCGUCUCGUUCGUCCCGGCACCAGCAAGAGGCCAACCGGGGAACACCGCCGCUCCGGUGACCACAGUGACUGCCAGAAAAGAAGUCAUCCUGGCGGCCGGUGGUGUCCACAGCCCCCAGGUACUGCAAGUGAGCGGGAUAGGUCCUAAAAAGGUUCUCUCCUCAGCUGGCAUAGACACCAUCGUCGACCUCCCCGGCGUCGGCCAAAACUUCCAGGACCACGGCAUGAUCUCCGCCUCGUUCCAAUUCGCCCGCAUCCCCCAAUCCGCCCGCCCCUCCUCCGACGACCUCCGCACAAACCGCACCCUCUCCACCUGGUCCUCCCAAAUCUGGGCCGCCAACCGCACAGGCCCCAACUCCAUCGCAACAGGCAACUCAGCCGCCUGGCUCUCCUUCCCCGUCAUCUCCCCCCGCUCCGCCAAGCUCUCGGCCGACCUCGCGGCCCAAAACCACGCCGCCUACCUCCCCACGGGAUCCGACCCGACAGUCGCAGCCGGCUACCGCGCCCAGAUGCUCUCCUACGCCUCCGCCCUCAGCAACAACAACACAGCCUUCUACAACCUCGUCCUCCAAGGCGGCUCCGCCAGCGGCCUGCUCGUCGACCUCCACCCCUUGAGCAGGGGAACGGUCAAUGUCAACCCGGCCAACCCGCACAACACCGAGCCGCAGGUGGACUACCGCGCCCUGGCCAACCCCCUGGACGCGACCAUCAUGGGUGACAUUGUCCGCUUCACGAGGAAGUACUACCUUGAUAACCCCAAGACCAAAGACUGGGGCGGAAGGGAGGUCUCCCCCGGCGCGAGCGUGACGACGGACGAGCAGCUGGCGACGUUUUUGAGCAGCUCCCUGAGCCCGAGCGUGUAUCACCCCGCGGGGACGUGUGCGAUGAUGCCGUUGGAGCUAGGUGGUGUGGUGGACGAGGAGCUCAAGGUGUACGGCGUCAAGAACUUGAGGGUCGUGGAUGCGAGUGUCAUCCCGACACUGCCGGGGGCAAACACUUGCCAGACGGUGUAUGCUGUUGCCGAAAAGGUAUGUGUUAUCCAAACAAAGAUGGUAAACUCGCGACUGACAUUUAUCACAGGCGGCGGACCUCAUCCGAUAUGGCGCACCAAAGGUCUAAGUAAGCGGCGGCAGUAG